ACUGUGCACAGGUACAGGUCACCUGUGUUACCAUGGUAAUAACACCCCUCCCACCGUAGAACCUGUGAGGAAUAUCAAACCAACAUUCACAUCUGCAACACAACACAUGAAAAAUAUUAGAAAGAUUAUAAAUACAGACAUCUAUUAGUCAUGCACAAAUCCUACCAGCCAUUAAAACCUGUAACUAACAAAUACCUGCAGAAGAAAUGGGAUCAGACGCACUAUGAGGAUCAUCGGAGUAAGGUGCGAUCAGCCAAACCUGUAGUGAACACCAGAGGAGUCCAAACACCAGCUCAUAUUCAACUCAAACUGAAAAAACAUCAGGUUGAAGAAGAGAGACGGGCGGUGAUAGAGAGAGAUAAUCAGCUGUUGGCUAACAGAUUAACAGCUAUCACACAAUCUAAAGGACUCGUGGAUCACUGGAAUCAUUACACACUAAACAGUCUGAACGGUGAGAGACGGAGGGCGGAGCUACUGCAGGUGACGCAUGAAAACCAGGCCAUCUAUCAGCGAAUCACAGAGCGUAAAUCUGAAUACAGAAAGGAACUCUGGGAAGAGAACUGGGAAAAAGUCGAACAAAGGAGAGACGACAUCGCCCGAUAUUCACGAGGAGUGACCAAUAAACAGAAACCUAACAAGUGUGUAAAGUUUUCAUCAGGAGGAAGUCAGAGUUCAUCUGCUAGUGUAGAUGAUGAUGAUGAUGAAGAUUACAAACACUGACCAAUCAGAUAGCAGACUUCCCAGUGUGAGAACCAAUCAGAAGUAGGGGAGAAAACGUCCCUCUUUUUUAUCACA